GUUGACGAUUGUCGUGAGCGGUUCAGUUGGUCGCGGUGAAGUGAUACGCGUUCGCUAAGAAGAGAGGGUCUUGAUACGGUGGAUGCUAGAACCGCUCUGAGCAUCGACAAUCCAAAUAUCUGUGUGAGUGAGCUCUGAUCGCGCCACUUGUUGCUACUCACUUCCGAACGUGGUACGAAGUAAACUAUACUAGCGGUACCCAAAAUUCAUUCUGAGCUACAAAUCACUUUGACAGUCAAAAUGGAUGCUCAUCCGAUGGACGACUUUUGCGGCUCGAAAUUUUGGGAUAAUAACCUGACUUGGUACACCGACGAUCCCGAUUUGACACCAUGCUUCCAGCAGACAGUGCUGGUGUGGACUCCAUGCGCAUUUCUGUGGUUAUUUUCUUUAAUCGAACUGUACUACCUUCGAAACAGUCGGAAUCGAAACGUACCGUGGAGCAUAGUAAAUGUAUCGAAAUUAAUCGUCAUCAGUGUACUGAUAGUACUUACCAUUGUGGAUCUAAUUAAGGCAAUCUCAACGGAGGGCCCGGUAGCCCCAGUAUACUUCUAUACUCCAACAAUAAAAAUUGCCAGUUUUGUUUUUGUAGCGGCCUUGGUGUACUUGAAUAAAUUCUAUGGCAUGCGGACGUCUGGGCUUUUGUUUCUAUUCUGGUUUCUGCUUACGUUAUGUAGCAUUCCGCGCUGUCGAUCGGAAGCCCGAGCAUACCAGAAUCGCACCGAACCAGAUUCGUGGGCCGAAUAUCAUUUCGUUAGCUUCGUCAUUUUCUUCGUCUGUUCAUGUGUGAUGUUUAUAUUGAACUUUUUCAUCGAUCAACCAGCUCAAAUAUCCAAGUAUGAAGUUACGGAAAGAGACUGUCCAGAGCUGGCGGCAACCUUUCCUUCGCGAUUGGUUUUCGGUUGGUUCGAUAAACUUGCCUGGACUGGAUUUAAAAAACCGCUCGUUAAUGAAGAUCUCUGGUUUAUGAAGCCGGAGGAUUCGUCCAAGGAGGUGUCUCCACUUUUCCUGAAAUACUGGAAUCAAACACUGGAGAAAACCUACCAAUCUUACGAAAAUAGUGGUGUGACAAGUUCGGCCAGUUAUAAGAAGCAAUUUGCCCGGGUCGAUUUCAAGACAACUAAAACUAAGAAGAUUGCAUCGAUUCUACCAGCAUUAGUGAAAGCUUUCGGUCGGACUUUCGCUUUCGGAUCUUUUUUGAAACUAGCUCAAGAUUUACUAACGUUUGCGUCGCCACAAAUAUUACGGCUUAUCAUCAAUUUCGUAGGAGGAGAAGAACCAUUAUGGAAGGGUGCUUUCUAUGCAAUUUUGCUGUUUAUCGUAGCCUCAACGCAGACUCUAUUCCUGGCGCAAUAUUUCAAUCGCAUGUUCUUCGUAGGGUUUCGAAUUCGUACUGCUCUGAUCAGUGCCAUCUAUCGAAAGGCGCUUAUCAUUUCCAAUAGUGCGAGAAAAGGAACCACGGUUGGUGAGAUCGUUAAUCUUAUGGCAGUCGAUGCGCAGCGAUUUAUGGAUCUGACCACGUACAUCAACAUGUUGUGGAGUGCUCCUCUGCAGAUUGCACUGGCAUUAUUUUUCCUGUGGGAGAUUCUUGGUCCGUCCGUUCUGGCUGGGCUGGCCGUAAUGAUUAUCCUAAUUCCGGUGAAUGGAGUUAUUGCCAACAAAAUCAAGACGUUGCAAAUCAAGCAAAUGAAAAACAAAGAUGAACGGGUGAAACUCAUGAACGAAGUUCUCAGCGGUAUCAAGGUGUUAAAAUUGUACGCUUGGGAACCAAGUUUCGAGCAACAGAUUUUACGCAUACGUGACAAAGAAGUGAAGGUGCUUAAAUCGGCAGCCUACCUCAACGCGGGAACCUCCUUCAUUUGGUCUUGUGCUCCAUUUCUGGUAUCGCUUGUCACAUUCUCAGUGUACGUCAUGUCCGAUGACAGUCACGUGUUAACGCCAGUGACUGCGUUCGUGUGCUUGACGCUGUUCGAUAUCCUGAAACUGCCAUUGGUGCUUCUUCCAAUGUUGGUCGUUUACAUCGUCGAGACCAGCGUCUCAGUGAAACGUAUCAAUAAAUUCUUGAAUCAAGAAGAGCUAGAUCCGGAAAAUGUGCAGCACGACGAAAAAGAAUCUUGCCCACUGGUGAUCGAGAAUGGUGUCUUUUCGUGGGGCGAAGAAGAAACUACACUGAAAAAUGUCAACCUGAAAAUUGAAAAGAAUCAACUGGCGGCCAUCGUAGGUACCGUCGGUUCCGGCAAGAGUUCCAUCCUGUCCGCGUUGUUGGGUGAAAUGGAUAAGAUUUCCGGUCGUGUUAAUACGAUAGGCAAGAUUGCGUACGUCAGUCAACAGGCUUGGAUUCAGAACGCCACGCUGCAGGAUAACAUCCUGUUCGGAAAACCGAUGAACUUGAAGCUGUACAACAAAGUGAUAGAGGCAUGUGCACUGAAACCGGACAUCGAAAUGCUUCCGGGUGGCGAUCAGACCGAAAUCGGCGAAAAGGGUAUCAACUUGUCCGGUGGACAGAAACAACGUGUUUCGUUGGCCCGGGCGGUUUACAGUGAUACUGAUAUCUACUUCCUGGAUGAUCCGUUGAGUGCGGUUGAUUCUCAUGUUGGAAAGCACAUUUUCGAACAAGUGAUCGGUCCGAAUGGACUGCUGGCGAAAAAAACACGGGUGCUCGUUACGCACGGUAUUACGUAUCUGCCGCACACGGAUGUGAUUUUCGUUCUGAAGGAUGGUGAAAUAUCGGAAUCUGGCUCCUAUCAAGAACUCAUGGACAAGAAGGGUUCGUUUGCUGACUUUUUGAUUCAACAUUUGCAAGAAGUGAACGAGGAGGACGAAGAUAUUGACGAGAUCAAGGCUCAGUUGGAAUCGAAUGUGAGUGAUGAAGCAUUGAAGCACAAACUGGAACGAGCAAUCAGUAAACGAUCCCGGAGCGGCAGCCAAUCGGAUACGGGAUCAGGAAAUGAAUCCUACUCUCGGCAAGCUUCGGAUAUUGGAGGCAGCAAUAGUAGCUUACGAAGAAGAACACCCGAAAAGAAAGCACCCGAAGAACUUCAAAAGAAUAAGCUAAUCGAACAAGAGAAAGCAGAAACUGGAAGUGUGAAAUGGGAAGUGUACCAGCAUUAUUUGAAAAGUAUCGGCUUAACAUUGACCAUAGCCACAGUUGUGUUGAACAUGAUAUUUCAAGCCUUUUCAAUUGGUUCCAAUCUGUGGCUUUCACGAUGGUCAACAGAUGAUGCAGCUGGCAAUGAUACCAGCGUUCGGGACAUGUAUCUGGGAGUCUAUGGUGCCUUUGGUGCUGGUCAAGCCUUAUCCGUGGUGCUAACGACACUGGCACUGUAUAUCGGAUCACUGAAUGGAUCCCGUAUCCUGCACAAACAGUUACUAGAGAACGUUCUUCGUGCGCCACUGACCUCAUUUUUCGAUGUCACACCACUCGGACGGGUGCUGAAUCGCUUCGGCAAGGAUAUCGAAGCAAUCGAUGGCGAUCUGCCGGCCACCCUGCGAGCCUGGACGGCUUGUUUCUUCGGGGUGGUAGCUACCCUGGUUGUCAUUACGAUUUCCACUCCAAUCUUCUCGGUCGUAAUCAUUCCGAUCGGAAUCCUGUACUAUGCAGUGCAACGGUUUUAUGUGGCAACAUCGCGUCAACUGAAGCGACUGGAAUCCGUCUCCCGAUCACCUAUUUAUUCGCACUUUGGUGAAUCGAUCCAGGGAGCGCAAACUAUUCGAGCCUACAAUGAACAGGAAAGAUUCAUCGAAGAAUCCGAGUCCCGAGUAGACUUCAAUCAGGUAUGCUACUUCCCUAGUAUCAUCGCCAAUCGAUGGCUGGCCGUGCGUUUGGAAAUGGUUGGUAAUCUGAUUAUACUGUUUGCGGCGUUGUUUGCUGUGUUGGGGCGUGAAACGAUGAGUGCUGGUCUGGUUGGACUGUCGGUUUCGUACGCCCUGCAGAUCACACAAACUCUGAAUUGGUUGGUUCGAAUGACCUCGGACGUAGAGACGAACAUUGUCGCUGUGGAACGCAUCAAAGAAUAUGGUGAAACUAAACAGGAAGCGGCAUGGGAAUUGUCGAACAGUACAUUGCCUCGCGAUUGGCCAGAACAUGGUCGUGUCGAAUUCCAGGACUUCCAGGUGCGUUACCGUGAGGGUCUCGAUCUAGUUCUGAAAGGAAUCUCAUUCACCGUUGAGGGAGGCCAGAAAGUAGGAAUCGUUGGCAGGACUGGUGCCGGCAAGUCAAGUUUGACCUUGGCACUGUUCAGAAUCAUUGAAUCGUCUGGUGGGAAAAUUGUAAUUGACGAUCAGGAUAUCUCGAAGCUGGGAUUGCAUUCGUUGAGAUCUCGUCUAACGAUCAUUCCGCAGGAUCCGGUACUGUUCUCCGGAACACUACGAAUGAAUCUGGAUCCGUUCAAUGCCCAUUCGGACGAAGACAUCUGGAAAGCCUUGGAACACGCACAUCUCAAAGUGUUUGUAAAAGGUCUAACGGCUGGCAUCAAUCACGAGGUCAGUGAGGGUGGAGAAAACUUGUCCGUAGGACAGCGUCAACUGAUAUGCUUGGCCCGUGCAUUGUUGCGCAAGACGAAGGUACUUAUUCUGGACGAAGCAACUGCCGCUGUAGAUUUGGAAACUGACGACCUCAUACAGAGAACCAUUCGCACCGAGUUCAAGGAGUGCACGGUGCUGACGAUAGCUCAUCGGCUUAACACUAUUAUGGAUUCGGACAAAGUAAUCGUACUGGACAAGGGCCACAUAAAGGAGUAUGCGGCGCCAAACGAGCUACUGCAAAGCAAAUCGUCAGCUUUCUACAGUAUGGCAAAGGAUGCAGGGCUUGUGUAAUUAUUCGUUUCCGUUAUCUGUCAAUUUGUUUGGAUGUGUACUUUAACAGCUAGGAUGAAUGUUUUCUAAUGUUAUUGAUAGCUGUGUUUUUUCCGUGAAAAGUUUUGUCACUACAUUGAUCAGGAUACUUACAAAAGUUAUUUGAUAUUUUUUCGCAUUUACUUAUUUAGUUAUCGUUUAGUUUUGAUCCCUAAAUCGAACAAAUACAACGUACUUACUUGAAAGAGUCGACAACAGUAUUCCGUGGACUCUUUAUCAGAAGGAUCUGAAGAAUUUGGUACGGAGAUCAGAUUUCCGAAAUUUAGUUUACUUAUUUGCAGUGUCUACUUAAUUUACACACGUGAUUCAAAUAAUUUCGUAGUAGCAUGUAGUAAGCGACUGUACUUUAAAUGCACAAAAGGACAUCUAUCUAAACUACGAAGCACGCAUUGAUUUAACACUCAUAAUCAAACUGCAAUACAAAUGUGUUCAUGGACAUUCAAGACAUCUUUCGAAAAAGUAACAAACAAUGUGUACAAAUUGUAAUCGCUUCAAAUUUUCUCUUUCCCAUUAGCCGAAGAUGGUUGAGAAACUCAUGAAAAUUACUUGAAGAUUUGAUUUACUGUAGCGUACUAAAUUUGCUAUUACCUCGUAAGGCUUUUCAGCAAGUAAUUCAGGAAUGAUUCUACGUCGACUUACUGAUGUUUUGAGAGUUUUUCAUUUCCAUCUAUGAAAUUUCCUUUCAAAGUGCCUUUAUUACCACUAAUAAAUGUUAAGUAAGCAGCCAAAUACCGAGGAAAAAAGAAAAUAAACUUUUAAGUAUA